AUGCCCCGAUCCAACUCUUCAGUCGACAGCACCAAAAAGACCAAGCAGAAGAAAUUGACCGAGGAAGAGGUGCUGGUCUUAAAAUCCCACCUAGAAGAAUGGAAGGAAGCCACUGCCAAUGAUAGAAAAAAGAUUCUGAAGGCCAUCGUAAAAGAGGCCAAGGUACAUGCCCCUACUAUGGAUGACCGGUCCUUGAAGAACAGGAAAUAUAUGUACCGGGACUGGUUAUAUAACCAGAGACCUGAAAAGACUCGAAAGAAGAAGGCCAGCAAGUUUGGUCAGAAAUGGACUUCCCGGUUGGUGAUAGAACAACAGUGCAAGGAUGAUAUCAUUGAAAAGAGCAGAGCAAUGCCGGGAUCCAAGAAGUUCAUUGAAAGAUAUCAGCCAACACUAACUGCAGUCAUGGCCACCGUCCAGGCGGACUUUGCAAAGAAGAAAGCACCCAGCAUGAUGAAGGAUCUGGCAACAAAGUUGUGGAAGCAGGCCGGUAUGAGAAUUUUUAUAUUAUCAGCAUGGAAAACAGAGGAAGACGAAGUGCGGAUCAAUGGAAUCGACUUCAAUGAAAAGUUGGAGGGCAAUAGUUCUACAGAUACCAAGGACUGGAAGCCCAUGUUAUCAGAGUGGAAUGCCUAUGCUGGAGAAGAGUUCGUGUUACCAGAAGUUGACUUGAAUAACGACGACGAUGAUAAUGAGGGGGAGGUGAAGAAGAGCCGGAAGAAAGGUAGGAAGAAGGACAAUUAUCCUUUGGAGGUGGAUAGCUACGGGCUUCCGGUCAUACCGGACGUUAAAGAGCUUAACCUAGAGAGUAAAAAGCAUCUUAUCUGGACUUUCCUCACAAAACACUACAGGUUGUGCAGCCAACAACCAAAGGCAUCUGUGCCUUGGGCCUCGGUGAGGAAGGCUCAGGGUGACUUUAUUGUGGCCAAGUUCGUACCUACUGGCUGCAAGCUGGACGAUCCGUCAAAGAUUCGGCUUGUUGACGCUGACCGGCUAUUGGAGUUGUGGCUCCAAAGACAGAAGAACCAGGUUUGCCCAACCUUUGAAUUCAAAAGCUGGGAAGGCAAUGAUAAGAGGAUGAGAGAACCAGCAGAGAUAAUCUCCGGCAACAGUUCCGACUCACUACCCAGGGUUCCGGUGAAAAAGUCAACUGGAAAGCCCAGGAAAGCCCAGGAGGAGGAGCACGAAAAUCCUCCCCUACUGGUGAAGAAACCCGUGCCGGUCCCAAAACCCACAAAAAAGCAGGGUAGGGUUGAUUCCAUUCAACCUCAUUCAGAGUCAGAUUGUUGGCCACCGGUUAAGAAAUCCAAGCUCGCUGCAAGCGGAAAGGGACAGUCAGAAGACAACACUGGUACCGGUUCUGUGCAAUCAACCGAUGAGGAAGAACAAGAACAAAUCACCGGCGCCCAAACCAACACCUCCUUCCCCAAGAAAGUCUACCAGAAGGAAAACCAAAGGAUCUGA